AUGAAAAAACUAAAACAAGACUAUAAAAGAAUCAAGGACCACAACAAUCAGAGUGGCGCGAACCGAAAAACAAGCAAAUGGUUCCACCGACCUGCCUAUUCGGGGAACGCAGGAACAAAGGACUUGUGCGCUGGGCUUCUAGAGUUGAGAACCCGUGGUGAAAACGGUUCCACCUCGGAGGAGUUCGAAGAGACAGAGCUGAACAGCAUCCUGGAUGCUCCAGCAGCCGCCAGCACGCCAUCCCGCCAUAGCUCAGAUGGUUGUUGGGUUGUUUUUUUGUUUAAACUUGUUUGUAACCCUACAGUGAACAUUCCUCAAACCGAUGUUGCAUCAACAAGUAUCAGCCAGCCAUGUCUUGAUGCAUCCACCAUCUGCCAGCCCACAACAGUGACUAUUCUAGAGACGGCUACCACAUUGCCAUUAGCGUCCACCAGCCAUCAACAGCCAGCUGCCAGCAUCGUCAGCUGCUCGAGACCUGGAAAGAGAAAACGGACAGACACUCUUCUGACCACUGUGCAGGAGAUGCUUGUGUCAGAUGCAGAGCUGCAACGCACAAGUGAUGAACGCUUCAAUAGCAUGCUCGAGAUCUUCCAUGCACAGCAAGAAGCGGAGUCAGAAGAGCGUGCGGCAAUACAAGAAGAGAUGGCGGGUCUACGAGCAGAUCUGGCUGAGGGUGACCGUCAUCACAGAACUUUUAUGGAAGGUGUCUUAAGCAUAAUGGACAGAAUUGCAGAAAGGCUUGGCGCACCACAGUGAUGUAUUCAUAUCCCGCCCGCACCUGUAUAAAGUUGCCCUGGUGACACUUUAAUUGUUUUU